UUCAUAAAUUUUUAGUCAACAAAUUCGUCGAGUCCUCCAUCAGGGCAGCGACGGUGAGGAUUAAGGAAUGGUCGAUCAACCUUCUUCACCGAGAUCUCUUGCCGAUUUGCCUUCCUCCGAUUGAACCCCCUCAACGACGACGAAGCGGCCCCGGGUGCAUUGAUGGGGCGGCGAAGCGGGAAAAAGCCCUUCUUUUCUUUCUCCAAGAAGGGGCGAUCCUCCAAGAGGAUGGAGAUGCAACUAAUUCCUUCGCCGACCCAUCUCUUCUCUAACAGCCACUGCAGUUCGGCUGCGGUGGCAGAUGCGCCGGUAUCGGCCGCCGCCGCGGUGGCGCAGCCGCACGGAGGGAAGGUGGCGAAGAAGAAGACCGGGGCGAGGCUCUGGAUGAGGUUCGAUCUCGCGGGGCAAUCGGAAGUCCUCGAGCUCGAAAAGAGCGCCAUCAUCAAGCGGGCGGCGAUCCCCUCGCGCGAUUUGAGGAUUCUUGGGCCUGUCUUCUCCCACUCGUCCAACAUCCUGGCCAGGGAAAAAGCUAUGGUUGUCAACCUGGAAUUCAUAAAGGCCAUAGUUACUGCUGAAGAAGUACUCAUAUUGGAUCCUCUAUGUCAGGAAGUUAUCCCUUUCAUAGAUCAGUUGAGACAGCAGCUCCCCAUUAAGAGUCCUUUCAGGGUUCAUGAUCUUAGCCAUGAUGCACAAAAAUCUGCUACUGGUGAAGAAUGGACAAAAUCAAAUGAGGCAACAGAAAAUGAACGUGAACUUCCAUUUGAAUUUCAGGUUCUUGAGAUUGCUCUGGAAAUUGUCUGCUCAUAUUUGGACUGUAGUGUCACUGAUCUUGAGAAGAAUGCAUAUCCUGUGCUUGAUGAAUUGGCCAUGAAUGUUAGUACCAAAAAUCUUGAACGUGUACGUAGUUUGAAAAGCAAUCUUACUAGGUUGCUUGCUCGUGUUCAGAAGGUUAGGGAUGAAAUCGAACAGCUUUUAGAUGAUGACGUGAAUAUGGCCCAUUUGUAUCUGACAAGGAAGCAAAUGCAGAUUCAGCAAUUUGAAGCACUGAUAGCAUCUGCAGCUUCAAAUAGUAUUGUUCCUGCAGGACCACGCCUCACAAGACUUGGUUCUAAUGUUAAUGGUAGUGCAAGCAUUAUUUCUAGUAUCUAUGCUGAUGAUAAUGAUGUGGAAGACUUGGAAAUGCUACUCGAAGCUUAUUUCAUGCAGCUUGAUGGAAUGCGCAACAAAAUAUUGUCGGUGAGGGAGUAUAUUGAUGACACGGAAGACUAUGUCAACAUCCAGCUCGAUAACCAGAGAAACGAACUGAUUCAACUCCAGUUGGUGCUGACCAUUGCUUCGUUUGGAAUAGCUGUCGACACACUUAUCGUAGGGGCAUUCGCGAUGAACAUCCCAUGCCAGUUAUACGACAUACAACACAUUUUUACUCCCUUUGUCGGAGGCACAUCAGGAGGCUGUUUUGUGAUUAUCUUACUCAUUCUUGCGUACGCCAGAUGGAAGAAGUUACUCGGCCCUUAGAUGCAUCAUGCUCGUGGCUUGCGAAGGCAGGACAAAUGAGUGAUUUCGAAUCGGUAUCUAUAUAGAUAUGUUGCUUUCAUACAUUAUUCUUCCAGCUACAUGUGGCUGGAGGACCACUAUGAAUAUCCAGUGGAUGAACUAUGGCAAACAUUUUUGCACCAUAUUGCAGUUUAUCCAACAAAAUGGUUUGAUGUAUAGAACGCUCUCAAUUCUUUGUGAGAGUAAUCAAGUUCGUCCCUAUGAA